AAGGGAACCGAAGAUCUUCUGGUCGUUCAUCUCCUUCACUGCAUCGGUGCAGCCCAUGAAUCAGAAUUUCAAAAUGACUUCCCUCUUGACUUACACUUUAAAAAAUCUUCCCAGUACAUCAAAAUGGGCCCUCAGAUUUUGUGUGAGACCUCUGAGCAGUUCCUCCCAGCUACAGGCUGCCGCAGCUUCCCAGACUAAAUCGAAAAAAACCCUAGCCAAACCCAACAUAAGGAAUAUUGUGGUGGUGGAUGGUGUUCGCAUUCCAUUUUUGCUGUCAGGCACUUCAUAUAAAGACCUGAUGCCACAUGAUUUGGCUAGAGCAGCACUUUCGGGUUUGUUGCAUCGGACCAGUGUCCCAAAGGAUGUUGUUGAUUAUAUCAUCUUUGGCACAGUUAUACAGGAAGUGAAAACAAGCAACGUGGCUAGAGAGGCUGCCCUCGGAGCCGGCUUCUCUGACAAGACUCCUGCUCACACUGUCACCAUGGCUUGCAUCUCUUCCAACCAAGCCAUGACCACAGCUGUCGGCCUGAUUGCUUCCGGCCAGUGUGACGUGGUCGUGGCAGGUGGUGUAGAGUUAAUGUCUGACGUCCCUAUUCGCCACUCAAGGAAAAUGAGGAAAAUGAUGCUGGAUCUCAAUAAGGCCAAGACUCUGGCUCAGCGACUCUCUGUAAUCUCUAAAUUCAGGUUGAAUUUCCUAUCUCCAGAGCUUCCUGCAGUGAGUGAGUUCUCCACCAGUGAGACUAUGGGCCACUCUGCAGACCGACUGGCUGCUGCCUUUGCUAUUUCUCGGGAGGAGCAGGAUGAAUACGCACUGCGUUCUCACAGCCUGGCCAAAAGAGCACAGGAUGAAGGACUUCUUUCCGAUAUUGUGCCCUUCAAAGUACCAGGAAGAGAUACAGUUACACAAGAUAACGGCAUUCGUCCUUCCUCUCUGGAUCAGAUGGCCAAACUAAAACCUGCAUUCAUCAAACCCUAUGGCACAGUGACAGCUGCAAAUUCUUCUUUCCUGACCGAUGGUGCGUCUGCAGUGCUGAUUAUGGCAGAGGAAAAAGCUCUGGCCAUGGGUUAUAAGCCGAAGGCAUAUCUGAGGGAUUUCAUGUACGUGUCCCAGGAUCCAAAAGAUCAGCUUUUACUUGGACCAACAUAUGCUACUCCAAAAGUUCUGGAAAAGGCAGGAUUAACAAUGAAUGAUAUUGAUGCUUUUGAAUUUCAUGAAGCUUUCUCAGGUCAGAUUUUGGCUAAUUUGAAGGCCAUGGAUUCUGAUUGGUUUGCACAAAACUACAUGGGUAGAAAAGCCAAGGUUGGAUCACCUCCUUUGGAGAAGUUUAACAACUGGGGCGGAUCACUGUCCCUGGGGCACCCGUUUGGAGCCACUGGCUGUCGGCUGGUCAUGGCAGCUGCCAACAGGUUACGGAAGGAAGGAGGCCAAUAUGGUCUGGUUGCCGCCUGUGCAGCUGGAGGGCAGGGCCAUGCUAUGAUAGUGGAAGCUUAUCCAAAAUAAUAGAUCCAGAAGAGGUGACCUGGAGUUUCUGUGCAGCACUUGGCCUAGGCAAUGCCAUUUCAAUGCACUAUUCAAUGACAUCUCUAGUUCCCAGCUCCUCUUAGGAAAGCAGAAUUUGUGGCCUUUUGUUCAAUACUUUGCAAUUAAGCCUUUCCAGUGUUCUGAGCUUUCCAAGAAUCACAGCUUACUACUCUUUCAGGGAUCCCUUAGUUACCAGAAUCUCUCACAGUGAUAAGUUCAAGCAAUUGUGUUUGGUCUCUAUUUUUAUUAAGAACUGAAUGAGUGGCUGCAGUUUUGGAAAGAGACUAGGUGAGAUUUGGGAUCACCUUUGUAGCAUUUGCAAAUUAUAACUCAUUCGUAUUUGUGAUCUAACGAUAAAUGUUUUCUAUAAAAUACAAAACCAGUGUGCCUAAAUUAACUUAAUUAUGGGAAAAUAGUUCAGAAUCUAAGCAUCACUGAAAAAUCUAAAUGUUUAGAUGUAUAAAUACCUUGUUAAAAGUGUUAGUUGCUCAGUCGUGUCCAACUCUGUGACCCCAUGGACUGUAGCCUGCCAGGCUCGUCUGUCCAUGGAAUUCUCCAGGCAAGAAUACUUGAGUGGGUUGCCAUCCCUUCUCCAGAGGAUCUUCCUGAUGCAGGGAUCUAACCUGCAUCUCCUACAUGGCAUGCAGAUUCUUUACCAUCCGAGCCAACAGGGAAGCCCGUAUUGGAUAAUCUUAAUAAAGUAGAAAAGUUUGAGAACCAUUUGCCUUGUUUUAUUAGAGCUAAGAGGUGGUUCUCUUGUUUUAGGGACAGAUUUUGCCUUGGACUGCUCAUUUGUAACUUCUAACCAUUUUGGUCUACCAUGAGGCCGCUAGGAACAUAAAGUCCUGCUUUAGAAUAACACCAUUUUUUCCCCAUUGCCCAACUGAAGUAAAUUUAUUUUAUUACUGUUUGGAGAUGUUUCUGUUUGCCAGGUGUAAAGAAAUUUUAAAAAUUCGGUCCACAUACUAAAAUUCCUCUCAGUUUUUUGACAACUAAACUGCAUCGAAUAAUGUGUGCUCAUGCUUUGAAGAAGCAAAGUCUCAGCUGCAACCAUUUAUGUGAAUGAUGUUUAGAUAUAUGAAAGUUACUGGCAAUCAGAAUCAUUCUCUAGUUCAGGAACAGUUUGGGCAAGGGAGCAAGUGCUAACCUUUUAAAAGGUUAUUUGAGGAUCCCAGCAUCAUUUCCCCAUGAUUUCAUUGGUAAAUUCUAUAUAACGUGAAUUUUUAAUGCUGUAAACCAGUGUAUUUACAAAUCACAAGUAUUAACUCUAGAUAAGUUAAAUAUAAAAGGUAAAAAAAACUUUGCAAUUUAGGGAAAAAUACCGCUAUUACUCUUAGGUUGGGAUGGGUACUUUUUUUUAAACAAGACAGUAAAAGUGUUAUCAAAGAGAAGAUGUAUAAGUUGGCUUAAGUUGAAAUAAGAACGUUUGUUCUUUAUAUGAUAGAGUAGGAAGACAAGCCACAAAUGUGGUGAAGAUACAGAUAUAACUUAACAAAGAAUGUGCAUAUAUAUAUAUGUAUCUUACAAAGGUAUAUCAUAUUAUACAUGUGAUAGAGAUAUCUUUUAGAUCUUUGUCAUAUUUAUAGAUAGAUAUCUUAUAAAAUAUGUAUGAUAUAGAUAUAUUUUACAAAAGAUCUGGGAUGUAUACAGAAUUCCUGUAAAUUAGUAAGAGGAGAGAUAGCAUAGUAAAAACUGGCAAAAGAUAUUAACAGGUAUUUUUUUAGAAAAUAAUAUACAAAUGGAGAAUAAACAUAAAAAGAUGCUCAUAUGCUCAUUAGUCAUUAAGAAAAACCAAACGAAGAUCAUGAUGAGGUAUUACUUUAUGCCUACCAGACUGGCAAAAAUGAACAGGACUGAGAACACCAAGUGUUAGUGAGAAUGUGGACAAUAGGGACUUUUUAUACCUGCUGAUAAGAAUGCAAACUGAUACCACCAUUGUGGAAAACAGUCUGGCAUUAUCUUGUACAUUUGAAUAUGACACAUGGCUUAUAAUCCAGCAUGUCUGCUCUUAGGUAUAUUUCCUGAAGAAACUUGCACACGAGUUAUCAGGAGACACGUACAACAGUGAUGAUAGCAGCAUUGCUCUUUAAUAGCAAAAUAUUAUAAACAACAAAUGUUCAUCGACAGCAAAAUUUCAAAAACAAGCAAAACUAAGUAUACUACCAGGCUGCCUACAUAUGAGAUGAAAAUAUUUUCCAAAACAAUUAAGAAAAAAAGAGAAGUCUUAUUGAAGAAUUCCAAAUAAUAUGUAUAGACCCCACACUCCAGGAGGUGGAGCAUGCCCUUCCCCAGGUGAGUGUGGGCUAGACUUAGUGACUCAACUCCAAAGAAUAAAGUAUGAAGAUGGAGAAACCUGGCAGACACUAGCUUAACUAAGAGCCCAGGGUUAUCAUCAUAGUGCUGGCAUGUGGAUAUCACAGACCUGGUGGUACGAUGUACCAUCAAAAGGGCCCUUCUCCUUAGUGGUAUUCUUUCUGAGUACCCAUAACCUAGUUGAAUCUUGAGACAACAUCAGACUAAACUAAAUCAAACUAAACUAAACAAAAUUCUUGCCAAUACUCAUAACAAUCAAGGUCGUGAAAAACCGUCACAGACCAGAGGAGGCUAAAGAGAUCUGACAACUAAAGGUAAUGUAGUAUCCUGGGUUGGAUUCUGAAACAGAAAAAGGACACUAAUAAACUGAUGAAAUUUGAAUGAAAUCUGGAGUUAAUAGUUUAAAAAGGAGCCCAGAUAAAGGAGCAUAUAUGUGGUGAAAUUAUUUUUGAGAAGAGUGCCAAGACUAUUUAGUGGGGUAAGGACAGUAUUUUCAACAAAUGGUGUUGGGAAAAUUGUAUAUACAUAUGCAAAAUAAUGAAGUUGGACCCCUGCCUUACGUUGUACAAAAUGAACUCAAAACAGAUCAAAGACACAAACAUAAGAGCUAAAAUGAUAAAACUCUUAGAAAGAAACAUGGGGAAAGCUACAUGAUACUGGGUCUGGCAGUGAUUCUUGGAUAUGACACCAAAAGCACAGGAGAGAAAAAAAAAUUGGAGUUCAUUAAAAAAUGUUGGUACAUCAGAGGACAUGUUGAAAACACAACCUGUGAAAUAGGGGAAAAUAUAAAUCAUAUCUGAGAAGGGUUAUUAAUUCAGAGUAUAUAAAGAACUACAACUCAACAGCUAGAAAAACAAUUUAAAAAUUGGCAAAUGAUUUGAAUAGACAUUUCUCUAGAGAAGAUAUACAAUGAACAAUGAGUGCAUGAAAAGAUAUUUUGUAUCACUAAUCAUUGGAGAAAUGCAAAUCAAACUAUGACUUCACAGCCAAUAGAAUGGCUACUUAAAAAAAAAACCCUGAAAAUAACAAGUGUUGAUGAGGAUAUGGAGAAAUUGAAACCUUUGUGUACUAUUGAUGGGAAUUUAAAAUUGUGCAGAUGGAAUGGAAAAUAGUAUAGCAGCUCCUCAAAAAGGUAGAAUUAGCAUAUGACCUAGCAGUUUCAGGUCUAGUAUAUAUACAAAGGAAUUGAAAGCAGGGUCUCAGAAAUAUUUAUACACCCAUGUUCAUAACAGCAUUAUGCACAAUUACUAAAACUUGGAAACAACUCGUGUUCAUUGAUGGACCAAUGGAUGAAUAAAAAGAAGGCAAUCCUGUCACAUGUUACAACAUGGAUAAACCUUGAGGAUAUGCUAAGUGAAACAAGCCAGUUACAAAAGACAAAUACUGUAUGAUUCCACUUGUAUCAGGUAUUUAAAUAUUCAAAUUCUUAAGGACAGUAGAAUGGUGGUUGCCAGGGCAUGGAGGGGUGAUGAGUUGUUUAGUGGGUACAGAGUUUCUGUUUUGAAAAAAUGAAUUCUGAAGGUUGGUCGCACAGCAAUGUGAAUGUACUUAAUAUUACUGAACUGUGUAUUUUAAAAUGGCUAAAGUGAUAAAUUUUAUGUGUAUUUUAUCAUAGUUAAAAUUUUUUUUUAAGGUAAGAAAACAUUCAGAACAGAGGUUACCUCUAGGUGGGGGGCAGUGGAACUGGAUUGGAGAGGAGCACAUAGGUUAAAGUUACGUACCGUUUCAAAACAUUUUAUACACCCGCAUUAUUUUCAUUUGCAUAACUGCUACAAAAGCCCAUCCUUGGCUGUGGUGAUUACAGUUGUCUCCUUGAUGUUUGUUCUUAAAUAGCUGAAACUGGUUAUAUUCUUCGUAAAGAUCCCAACUUAAAGUGUCUUUUCAUGUAAAACUUUAAUUACACUCUCUGUUCCACCUGAUAA